UAUACAUAUGAAAGAGUAGUUCACUUAUCAGUUUACUUUUUCUCUCUCGUGUUGUUCGCUAUGGAGGCACUGUUCCAGGGUUCUUAUCUCUUAACUAAACCUCCAAAAACCGCAACCAUGCCAAAUUCUCUUAGAUUCAACUUCACAUCUCGUUCCACCAAUUACUUUUCUUCUUCAUUUUCAUCUUCACCGCACUUUUCUCUUCUCAAUAAACCCAGAUCAUUAUCACUGGUUACCAAUGCCACUAACAAAGAUAAGAAACAAGAUAGCCAUAGCUUCGUACCCAAAUUAGAUGAAGUCACUGGGUUCUUCCCUGAAUCUGUUCUUCUCAAAAAGAAGGAAGUUGAGGAAGAUGGUAAAUUUCUUCCGGAGUUUGAAGAUGAGGAUGAAAGAAAACUAUACGAAUCGUUGGCUCUUGAAGUGGAAACUGAUAUGGAUGUUGAAUUAUUGCGCCACUACGAGAUUGUUUACUUAAUUCACGAGAAGCAUGAAGAAGAGGUUGCAUCUGUCAAUGAGAAAGUUCAAGAAUUUUUGAGGGAGAAGAAAGGAAGGGUGUGGAGAUUUAGCGAUUGGGGUAUGAGAAGUCUGUCUUACAAAAUACAGAAAGCUAAUAAUGCACACUACAUUUUGAUGAACUUCGAGUUGGAUGCGAAAUAUAUCAACGAUUUCAAGAAUUUGUUGGACAAAGAUGAAAGAGUCAUUCGACAUGUUCUGGUAAAGAAGGAUGAAGCAAUCACUGAAGAUUGCCCUCCUCCUCCCGAGUAUAGCACACUUGGUGGUGAAGACGGAGAAGAUGAUGAUGAAGACGAAGAAGAUGAUGACUGGGAUGAUGAAGACGAAGAGGAAGAUGACUAUGAUGAUGAUGACGGAGUAAUCAUCAUAGACGAUGAUGAUGUGGGAAUGAUCGAGAGCCAAAUAUUAAUUAAUGAGAAUUGAGAAUGUAGUUAGGCAGGUAGAUUAUUUUCUUUUGCCUUGAAUUUUUUGUUCCAUUGUUUUUGUAGGAAUAUAAAGCACUUUUGAACGUUAUGACUCUAUGUGAAUGAAGAUCAUAAUUAUUAUCA